GCUCAAAUUGUCGUGUGAUUUUUAUUGUUUUAAUAGUGUUUGAAUGAAAGGAUAACAGUAACAAUGAGUAUAUAAGGAUGUGUAUGUUUUAAUUGAAUUAUAAGGAAGUUAAUCCUUCAUCAAGAUGGCGAGAUUCCUGGUUUUGACAUGCGUCUUGAUGCUGGUAUCAGCGGCGCUAACAGAAGAAAACUCUGAAAACCCGAAUAAUAUGAAUCAUAACAUGAACCCUGACAUGAACAACAUGAAUCCAAACAUGAACCACAUGAAUCCGAAUAUGAAUCACAUGAAUCCAAAUAAUCCAAACAUGAAUCACAUGAAUCCGAGUAAUCCAAACAUGAAUCACAUGAAUCCGAACAACGUACAGAACAUGAAGCCGACUGGCGACGCACCAAAGCAGCAUAACCAUAAUGCAACAAAAUCGCAAGAUUUACCAAAGACACCAGAAAAACCUGAAACCCCAACAACCGCUGGAAAGAAUUAAGUCAAUAAAUACUAAUUUGUGAAUAAUAUAGAUGUACGUUUUAUAAUUAUGUAUAUUUAAUUGCGAUUAAUUUGAAAGAUCUACGAUGACAUUUACGCUGUUUACGGACUCGCUAUACUUAAGUACAUUAUAUUAUGUAAGCUAAUAAUUGUAGACAAAUAAAUAUUGCAAUAUUAUAA